AUGUGGACAGGAUCAAAAAAGAUCAAAAUUCUUCAUAAAUUUCACGCCAGCUGUGACAGCGACAUUGCAGAGCCAUACAUCACCGACUGUGUGGUCAACCCAGAAAAUGGCGAACUGGCCGUAGUUGACCAACGCAACAAAGUAGUCAAGCUGUACGCCCUAAAAACUGGACAGCACGUUGGGUCCUUCGGCCACGACGCGUAUCCGAGAUUUAAAGCACCAUGGUCCAUAUCAGCCUUUGAUGACGGUCGUUACGCUGUAACUGACGUGCGUACUUCCAGCGUGAAAAUAUUCUCCCACGAUGGACGUUUUGAGCGUAACAUCAGCCAUGGACGUCUUUCCCAUCCCAGAGGCAUCGCCGUCAGUUUACGUGGGUAUUUCGCCAUCACGGAUUCCCCGCCUCUAGCCGAGAAACAGCGCGUGCAUAUCUUUGACAGAGACGGCGUUCUCCUACAGACAAUUCCAGGCCCUGAAAUACGUAAUAGCACGUUCCAGCGGCCCCUUCACGUCGCCAUAGACGAACGUCACAAUACCGUCGCCGUUCUGGAUGCGCUGGAAUCGUGUGUAAAAGCGUACGACCUCAACGGGAGACCAAUAUUUCAAUAUGGCAGUUACGGGAGUGAUGAGCAACAAUUAGCCAGCCCCGCUGGGAUUUGUUCUGAUAAAAGCGGAAACUUUUUUGUCGCCGAUUUUGCAAAUCAUCGGGUCCAUGUUGUGCGAGCUGGAAUACACAUUGACUAUGCUGCGGGAAAGGCGGACGGGGUGAGAUAUCCCGCAGCGGUUACGACGUCCCGUGAUUAUAGUCUCGUGAUUUGUGAUCAAGGGGGCGUGGUUAGGGUGUUUGAAAUGCGACGGUGA